AUGGCGGCUGUCAACCGGAAUAUGUUUGACGCCAGCGUCACCACGGAGAAUCCGCGUGAGGGGUCGUUGAUGGCGCUGCCUUUGAAUCUGAUUGCACUCAUCAUUUCUCAUGUGGAUGAUCCCGGCGACCUCGCUCGGCUGUGCCGAACAUCUCGCGUCCUCAAUUACAUGGCGCUCCCACAGCUCUACAAAAGCCUCACGCUCACCUCCUACGACAAGAUCCGGUAUCGCGAUGAACAGCCCGAGGGCAUGGGCAGUGCGUCGCCCUUUUCCAUGGGCCUCAAUGCCCUGAUAACCAGGCCGUACGGGUCGCUCGUCCGGUCGCUGACGCUGCGGGGAGACUGGCGAGAACAUGACUUGGAGGAGCACGCGCGUGUGGGCCGUGUGCCCGACUCGUCAAUGAUGCUCAACAUUGCCGUGCGCGCGGCGGUCGAUAAGAUGCCGGACCUCGAAAGUUUCAGCUGGGAGCUGAACACGAAGAUGUUGGAGACCGUCUACCUGGGGCUGACGCAGCGGCCGAAGCUGACGUCGCUGACGCUGCGAUUCCCCUCCAGCCGCCACCCGCGACCGACGAUUGUCAUUCCCCCGAUGCCGCAUCUGCGGUACCUGAAAAUCACCGACAUCGAUCCGCUCUGCUACCCGGACGACAUCUCGACGCUGCUGUGGAAAUGCAGGAAGCUGCGCGUGCUGAAGAUGCACUGGUCGCCGCGCAUGAGGAAUGCGCAAGAGCCCAGCGUCAUGCUGCACGACUACUUUCGCAAGUGCAUCGCCAGCCGACAGCCUCUGGCGGUGAAGAAGUUAGGCCUGCAAAACCUAUAUGCCCUCCACACGGAGGAGUUUGUAUUGGCAUUCGACCAGCAUUCCGUCGAAGAUGUGACCAUCCUCAAUGACAUUUCGUCCGCCACCGCCAUGAACACAUUCGUCGACAGCACCUGGCCGAUCAACCCGCCGAAGAAGGGGAUGAACAUCAAAAGCGUCCGCCAGGAUGCCAUCUCGAGGAGACAUUCCGAAUUUCUGAAGGGGUUUACGGGGUUGGAACGGCUGUAUUUUGUGAAUGAAGUGCCCAAUCCAAACGAUGUCGCCAGCAGCCCCCGCCAACUCUCGAUUUCGGCACUGACCCCUCCGUCUCUGGAAUCAGGCAAUCCGUCGUCGAACGGUGCCACUGCUCCUUCUCCCGAUGUCACGCCGGUGGACUCGCCGCGCCUACAGAACAGUGUGCUCGACAGCUACCUGAACAACAUUAUGAUGAACCACGCCGCUACGCUGCGACACCUCUUACUCCCGUCGAAGUGGGCUCUCUCGGCACAGACCAUCGCACGCCUGGUCCACGCCAGCCCGCAGUUAGAGCAGCUCGGCUUUGCGACGGAUCUGUCCAACGUGGACACCCUCGGGCUGGUGUUGCCGUUCCUGCGUAACCUUGUCGCCCUGCGGCUGCUGGUUCCCACCGGCCCCGUGGCCGUGGCGUCCAAGCAACCUUCGAAGACGCACAAGCAUCCAGGACAGCUUACCAAAUCCAAGAGCGAGGCGGCGUUUGACGCUGCGCAUUCGCUAGCGGACGUGGUCAACGUGGACGAUGAAAUUCUGCUGGAGAAACUAUCGGAAGAGUUUGGUGACCAGCAGGUGUUUAGCAAUCUGAAGAUCAUCGGCAUGGGUCGAAAAGCGUUCCAAUUAGGCGAGUAUUACACGGUACCUGCCGACUGUGUUCCCCACGGUGCCGAGUCCGUACCAGAAACCCCAACAAUGGCCGAGGGGGUUGCCGAGACGAACGGAACCCAGUCGAGGGCCUCGCCGAACGGCCAGAAUGUAGCUCCACCCGGGGUCUCUCCCUGCACUAGUGGUAUCUUGACUCCUGGGGCAGCCCCCGCGCAGCCCCCCGCGCAUGAGCCGGUCCAGCCGCGUUCCCUGCUCGGCAAGCGAUCGCGCGAGGAUGAGCGGACGCCAUCGGCUCGCGAGAUCUUGCCGAACGAGUGCUUCUUGGGUGACAAAAGACAGAACGCGGAUCGGCGUUGUUGGAGACGGCGCGUGCGUCGGGUCGGCUGGGAGGUUUUGCAGCACUGGGAGAUCUGGGGCUUGGACACCCAUGAGUUAUGA